UCGUGGCGUCGCUUCCGGUCGCGGCUGAGGUGCAGGUCGCCUCCUGAGGUGUGAGGACCCGGCUGAGUUAUCCUGCCGCUGCUCCUGGCGGCCCCAAGGAGCACGUGGACACCCGAGAAGCGGGUCAGAGGCUGGCCUUGCGUCUUCGCUGCAUCCCCGAACGAAUCUGCAUCCCAGAUCCUGUGCGGUUAAACCCUGCGAGCCUACACUUUGGAAUGAAAAAAUUAAGGCUUAAGGAGCUAGAGAGUCGCCUGCAACAAGUGGAUGGAUUCGAAAAGCCCAAGCUACUUCUAGAACAGUAUCCGACCAGGCCUCACAUUGCAGCAUGUAUGCUUUAUACAAUCCAUAACACUUAUGAUGACAUUGAAAAUAAAGUGGUUGCAGAUCUAGGAUGUGGUUGUGGAGUGCUUAGCAUCGGAGCUGCAAUGUUAGGAGCAGGGUUGUGUAUUGGAUUUGACAUAGAUGAAGAUGCAUUAGAAAUAUUUAAUAGGAAUAUAGAAGAGUUCGAGUUAACAAAUGUUGACAUGGUUCAAUGUAAUGUGUGUUUAUUAUCUAACACAAUGUCCAAGUCAUUUGAUACCGUAAUUAUGAAUCCUCCCUUUGGGACCAAAAACAAUAAAGGAACAGAUAUGGUUUUUCUAAAAACUGCUUUGGAAAUGGCAAGAACAGCAGUAUAUUCUUUACACAAAUCUUCAACUAGAAAAAUCUCAAAGUGGAGAAAAUAAGCCCAGAACUGAGAUUACUUAAUUCAGGAAAAGAAACUACAAGCACAAAUUAAUGUGUUAUUUACGGCACUGGAAAUAUUUGGACCUUAAGAAUGAAGUGAAAUAGUUUGACAACUUAAUAAAAAGUAUUACGAAGACCACAAACAUGGAUGAAAUGCCUGUAUCAUGUAUUGAGGUCUCUAUUAGCAUUUCUAGAAAACUAAUGCAUGUACAUUUGCAGGGUUAUAGUUAUGGUCUUUAUUCAUUUCCAUUGAUGUUGAAGUAUUGAAUAUAUUUUAAAAUUCAUAAGGU